CUGUUUACAUUCACUGAGUGUGUGGGCGCUGAGCAGGAGGUGGUGUUGUACAGGGUCACCCGCUAGUCGUUAAACACUGUCUGCCUCCACAGGUUGUGUCCUGCAGUACGCGUCAACACCGUCCACAUCAGAAGUGACAAAUCCUAAUAAGUACUACACGAUGGCGGGGUCCUACAAGGAUGUGGUGAAGAGGGCCCGGUCGGCAUACAACGGAGGGCGUACACUGUCGGUGGAGCAUCGGCGUCGACAACUACAGCAGCUCCGACAGAUGUGCCUCGACCACAAGGACACUUUCCUCGACGCGCUUAAGAUCGACUUGAGGAAGCCACAGUUAGAGGCCAUGAUGUUGGAGGUGAACGCUGUAAUUAUGGACAUCACCUACACCUUAAACCGCUUGGACAAAUGGGUCAAGACAGAGAUGGUGUCUUCGGCGAUCCCCUUCGACAGGAGCUACAUCUACAACGAUCCCUACGGCGUGGUGCUGGUGAUGGGGGCAUGGAAUUACCCCCUUCAGCUGGCUCUUCUCCCUGUGACAGGUGCGCUAGCGGCAGGUAACGCGGUGAUCCUGAAGCCCUCUGAGGUGUCGCCUGCUACAGCCUCCGCCCUGGCCAAGCUUAUUCCACUUUACCUAGACAAGGAGUGUGUUCAGGUGGUGUGCGGAGGAGUGGAAGAGACGACGCAGCUACUACAGGAGAGGUUCGACUACAUCUUCUACACGGGUUCCGCCACUGUAGGGAAGAUCAUCAGAGAGGCGGCCAACAAGUUCCUCACGCCCACCACACUAGAACUGGGCGGCAAGAGCCCAUGUUACAUCGACAACAGUGUGGAUUUAAACCUUGCUGUACGUCGUGUCUUGUGGGGGAAGAUGCAGAACCUUGGUCAGACCUGCAUCGCCCCUGACUACCUGCUGUGUUCCAAGGCCCUGCAGGACCCCAUCAUCAAGAAGGUGAAGGAAGUCCUACGGGAGUGGUACGGACAUGACCCCAAGGACUCCCCUCAUCUGGCAAGGAUAGUAGCCGAGCGACAUGUUGAACGCUUGGCGAGUUACCUGGAGUGCGGCAAGGUGGUGGUUGGGGGCCGCUUCGACUUGAGUGAUCGCUGGGUGGAACCGACACUCUUAGUAGAUGUACCUGAGAACAGUAAGGUGAUGACUGAGGAGAUCUUUGGUCCUAUUCUUCCCAUCAUCAACGUAGAGACGCACGUGGAUGCCAUCAAAUUCAUUAAUAAGAGAGAGAAGCCCCUGGCGUUGUAUGUAUUCAGCAAGAAGGAGGCGGUGAAGGAGCUGUUCCUCCGCCAGGUACGGUGUGGGGGCGUCACCAUCAACGACACCCUCUUCCACGCCGCCAGUAGCACGAUGCCCUUCGGAGGUGUGGGCAACAGUGGGAUGGGCGCUUACCACGGCAAAUAUUCCUUCGACACUUUCACACACAAGAAGUCCUGCCUCAAUCGUUCCUACAACCCCCUCAUUGAGAAGGUCACCAGGGCGCGGUUUCCCCCCUACACGGAGAAGAACAUGAAGGCAUUGAUCUCGCAGAAGGACCCAGGAGACGGCCCCGGAGUCCUCCACCACCUGAAGGUCUUCACCAAGUACCUUUUCAGUAUGUCUAUCGGGGCACUCCUCCUCUUCCUGUACAUACGCUACACAUAUGUCAAGGUGUAGCGCCACCCCUGAGUGCGUGUGCGUGUGUGUGUGUGUGUGUGUGUGUGUGUGUGUGUGUGUGUGUGUACAGGUAAAGGCUUCGUCUACACCAGGAGUGAGUGUGUGUACUACGCCACACACACACACACACACGGUACAGCCUGGUUAGUGCACUAUUAUCUGCUAUACCAAGAUGUCCCUUAUAUACUGUGCACCAACUGGCUGUACAGUAUGUUCAGUCCUACAUGAAACACAUACAGUAAACCCCAUGAAGUAGUGACAGAUGAAAUGACUCACGUGAUGACCUUGACCUUUGACAUUCUGACGCAAGAACCAACAGACAAGAUUUUUGCUGUACUGGGAAGACCAUUUGUCAGGUUCUCGUGGAAAAACAGAGACCAGAACUACGAGUAACUACGUGAAGCAACAUCUUGAUCGAGUGAUAAACCUCAGUCCAGAUGAUGUUGGCCCCUUGUCUUCUAUUAAAAUAUAUAUGAUAUAUAUUUAGGUAUGACUCGUUUAAGCAUCGUCUUAAGGACGGUAUAAUCUACAUACCUGGGAGAAACAUGCCUCUAUUUCUUACAUUUUUCCAGGUGUGUUAAUGAGAGCUCUGUGUCUAAUUAACUAACAGAACAUUUGACUCGACCAUUGUGUUACAGUUCAUAACCUCACCGUAGUCAUUCUCAGUGUCCUGUAUAAUGUAUGUAAAUGAUUCAAAAUACACCGGCAAUUAUCA